UGUUGGGGAGGGAGGGCUGGGGACACACGGGGAUGCGAGUAGCGUUUCUGAUGUUGAGAGUGACGUGCACGAAGACCCUUCCACAACCCGCGCCGACUCCUUCUACUACGCCGAAGCCAUCUGGUCCUACGACAAACAACUUCCCGACGAGCUCUCCCUUGCCGUCGGCGACGCUAUCACUGUUCUCGACAACAACUCCGACACACAGUGGUGGAAGGUCGAGAACGCCAAGGGGGAGUCCGGGCUCGUUCCUGCCAAUUACCUACGCGAACGGCCCGCGCCGAACACGAGGGAUGCGUCCGCGAUUCCAAGCUGGAUGGCCCCGGGGAAGGGUGGGGUGAGGGAGUAUACACCGCAGAGCUCGUCGGGGGAUCUUGGCGGGCGGAGUAGUACGGCUGGGGAAGGGUUUAAUGCCGGGUAUGCCACCCCGCCGCUACCGAGCAAGUUCAAGCGGCAGAUGAUGCCCAAGUCGACGUCGUUCACGAUUCAGAGUUUAAGUACGUGGGGUGAUGAGGAUGCCGGGGAGCAAGGGCGGGCCAGCGUGGGUGGUGGGGGCCGGUCACGGAGUUUGGAGGAUAAUACGGGCACGGGUGCGGCGGCAUCGCUUUACGUGCCUGGAUCCACCGGCGGGGGGCUGUCGAAGAGCAACAGUCUAAACACGAUCCACCAAGCAUCAGCGUCGACAUCAUGGGCGACGAAAGUCGACCCGGCUCGCCUCCCCUCCAUCCCGGCCGACGAGCGCAAACGGCAAGAAGCCAUCUUCGAGCUGAUCGCGACCGAGCAGAGCUACGUACGUGACCUCGAAUCCAUCUGCCAUACCUUCUACGGACCCAUGUCCGGCAUGCUCUCCCCGCCAGACCUGGCCGCGAUCUUCGCCAACAUUGAGGACAUCAAGCUCGUUAACGCGGUCAUCCUUUCCGACUUUGAAGCCAUCCAAACCGAGCAAGACUUCAUCAUCGACGGCAUUGGCGAGAUCUUUGUCCGGCACGCGGGCUCGCUCACUGUGUACCAAUCCUACUGCGGCAACUUUGCCCACGCGCUCAAAGUCCUCCAGAAAUGCCGCACGGACAACCCGCGCCUGCAGGAGUUUCUGAAACGCGAGCAGACGAAUAACCCGCUGUGCCGAUCGCUGGAUUUGAGCUCGUUUUUGUUGCAGCCUAUGCAGCGGAUCACGCGGUACUCGUUGUUGUUGAAGCAGGUGCUGCAUUAUACGCCGAAAGCACAUCCGGAUCAUGAGGCGGUUGUGAGGGCGCUGGCGAUGAGUGAGCGCGAGGCGGAGAUGGUGAAUUCGGCGGCGAGGGAGAGGGAGAGUAAGGAGAAGUUGGAGGAGGUUGGGAGGGUGUUGGAUUUGAGUUGUAAUGAGGAGCACAAACUGGAUCUGACGGCCCCGACGCGCGUGUUUGGACCCCGCAUCUUUAUCCAUGAGGGCGACCUGACGAAGAGCAAGAGUGGGCGGAAACUGCAUGCGUAUCUGUUCAAUGAUGUGCUACUACUCGCCCAGCCUAAGGGGAAACAGGAGCGGAAUGUUAAGGGGUAUACCUAUGGGUUGUAUAAGAAGCCAAUGCCUCUCAACGAAAUCGCCGUCCGCGACCCGCACAAAGUCGGCAAAGAAGUCGCGCCGGUCGACGAAGCCUGCUUCCAAAUCGUGCAUGGCCAAGACGCCGUAACUGUGCGCGCCCCCUCCGCCGCCGCCAAACGCAAAUGGGUCAACACCCUGGAGGAGCAGACCCGCCAGUACUUUGUUGCUGAGAAAUCCCUCGCUGAGGGCGCGUGGAAGGGCGGGCGGUUUGUGGAGGGGCGACCGAUUGGGACCUUGUCGGUGAAUGUCCUCGAGGGGAAGGAGUUAGCGGUUGGAGGGGCUGCUUCUAAAGGCAACAAACUGGAGAUCUACGCCCGCGUGCAACUCAACCGGCAGCAAGUCAAGACGCGCACCGUCAACUCGCGCACACCGCAUUGGAACCAGACCUUGGUCUUCUCGGUGCUGAGUCUGGACGAGACGCUUAAGUUGUCGUUGUUCAAUUAUGAUCGGUAUUCGCAGGAUGAAUACCUCGGACAUGCGGCGCUGUCUUUGGACCUACUAGAAUACUACGGCGAAAAAGAAACUGAAGUCAUCACCCUGCCCUUACAGGACGUCCGAGGCGGCUCCAUAUCCGUCAAGCUGGCCUUCAGACGAUCUUGAUACCACGGACAGUAAAUCACCCCAACUUUGUAUACAUAGCCUUUCGUCGUCUUCUAUGCCUCACCUUGGAGCAACCACACAUUUCGUACUUUUCGGGGCAUCAUGUUUUACGUCUUUUCCCCUUCACUUGGCACCUACCGCAUCAUUUCAUGCAUUUCUUCUUUGACCCUUAUUUGUACAUGUACAUGUUUGCCUGUGGAGCCUCGAGCCGCGAAUAUGAAUGAUUGACCGCACAUGACAC